AUGCUUCCAACAUCCACCACCACCACCACCACCACCACCCCCAAACCCCCUUCUCCUUGUUUUCCCAACUCCACCACCGCCUCCCCUAAAUCACCCAAACUGCCCUAUCUCUCUGCCAUCGAUCGCAAACCCUCUUCCUCUUCUCUCCAAUUCCAGCCUUAUUUCUUCUUACCCAACCACGUCCGCUUAUGGCUCCUCCUUUUCAUCAUCUCUCUCCAGAUUAUCAUCCUCCUCAUGGCUCGCACCCUCCAUCUCUCCCAUCGCCGCUCCCACUUCCCUUCCCAUCCUCAUCAUCAUCUCCUCCAAAACCCCCCUAACAUUUCAUCCACGUCGCCCUCUUCCUCUAUUUCACCACCCCACAACUGCUCCUUCGGUCGUAUUUUCGUCUACAACUUGCCGGUUGUUUUCAACCAGGAGUUAUUGGAUAACUGCGUCGAGCUGGACCCUUGGCAUUCACGUUGCAGGGCUUUAUCCAACGACGGAUUCGGGAGCAAAGCCACGGGAUUGUCUGGCGUCAUACCCGAGGAUUUGGUUCCAGCAUGGUACUGGACCGACCAGUUCGCCAUGGAGAUCAUUUACCACAAUCGCAUUUUAAACUACAAGUGUCGUACGAUGGAACCGGAUUUGGCGACGGCGUUUUACAUCCCGUUUUACGCAGGACUCGCCGUAGGGAAAUACUUAUGGUUUAAGUAUAGAUGGAAAGAUCGUGAUAGGUACUGCGAGAUGAUAUUGAAAUGGCUUCAGGAGCAGCCGCAUUGGAACAGUUCCGGUGGGUGGGAUCAUUUCAUAACAAUGGGUCGCAUCACAUGGGAUUUCCGGCGAACCAAAGACGAAGACUGGGGCUCCAAAUGCAUCUACUUGCCAGGCAUGAGAAACAUCACCCGUCUUUUGAUUGAACGAAACCCUUGGGACUAUUUCGACGUCGCUGUGCCUUACCCCACCGGAUUCCACCCCAGAUCGGACUCCGACGUCUUAGAGUGGCAAGACUUCGUCCGUAACCAUAACCGCAAAACCCUUUUUUGUUUCGCCGGAGCGCCACGUGACGCCAUCAAGAAUGAUUUCAGAAGCUUGCUGUUGAGGCAAUGCAUGAACGUGUCGGGGUUAUGCCGAGCCGUGGAUUGCGCAGGCACCCGCUGCUCAAACGGAACUUCCCUGGUGCUGGAGGCGUUUUUGGAUUCGGAGUUUUGCUUGCAGCCAAGAGGCGAUAGCUUCACCCGCAGGUCAAUAUUUGAUUGCAUGGUAGCGGGUUCCAUCCCGGUUUUCUUCUGGCAUCGAACGGCAUAUCUUCAGUACCAAUGGUUUCUACCCAGCGAUCCCAAGAGUUACUCAGUUUUCAUCCACCGCAACGAGGUGAAGAACGGGACAUCAAUCAAAAGCGUGCUUGAAAGUUACAGUAAAGAAGAAGUAAAGAAAAUAAGGGAGAAAGUGAUUGAGUAUAUUCCCAAACUAGUUUAUGCGAAACCAAAAGAGGGUUUAGAGAGUAUAAAGGAUGCAUUUGAUGUUGCUAUUGAAGGAGCAUUGAAGAGAAUUAAGGAGCAAAAGCAGUUUGGACACAAAUGGAAGUGAUAAAUUUGGAAGAGAAUUGCUGCCAUUGCC